CCUCUUCAUUGUUUUUUUAUUCUUUAAGGUAGAUAAUACCCUCCUCCUCCAUAAAAACCAUAUAUAUAGUUAAUGUACAUCCAUAGGUAUUGGAUCCUAAACAUCCAACUCACGCCUCGGUCCUUCAAACGCAUUCCCUCUCUCUCUCUCUCUCUCUCUCUCGCUUUAUACUGAAUCACACCUCUCUUUCUUGUGAGUAUACAAAGAAAGCCUUCGGUUUCAUCCAUCCAAAGCAUUUUGCUUCUCCAAUAUGGAGCUCCACAUUCCCACACAACUCGCAAUCUUUUCUAUUUCCAUCAUACUUUUCACUUGCUUUUCUUCUUUUUCUUGUUCGUCCUCGUCGUCGUUGUCACCGUCGAACUUGCACCCGUUGGUGGUUGACUCCGCGCUCGAGCAUCUCAACUACACCGCCAUAUCUGAGUUCCGGUUGCUGAACAGAAGGCGAAUUCUCCAGUGCAGCGACCCGAACCCGUAUCUCCAAAUCAAUGUCAGUGGCAACACCGCCGUCGGGAAUGAGGAGUAUCUCACGGUUAACGUAACCGGGGUCCUGGUUCCAGCAGACUCCGACUGGGUCGCCAUGAUUUCCCCAUCGGACGCCGACGUCUCGGAUUGUCCACUGAACAAGGCUCUGUAUGUAGAGACCGGUGAUCUUAGUGAUCUUCCUCUUCUAUGCCAUUAUCCUGUCAAGGCACAAUACGUGAGCAAUGAUCCGGACUAUCUGAGCUGCAAGAAGAAGGAAUGCAAGGAGUACAAGGAUGGUAAAUGUGCCGUGACCACAUGUGGCGGCACCUUGACGUUUCACGUUGUAAACAUCAGAACCGACAUCGAGUUUGUGCUGUUUGCUGGAGGGUUUGCAACACCAUGUGUGUUGAAGAGAUCAAACUCUUUGACUUUUGCGAACCCGAACCAACCGCUCUAUGGCCAUCUCUCCAGCAUUGACUCGACCGGGACCUCGAUGAGGAUUACAUGGGUUAGUGGAGACAAGGAACCCCAAGAGGUGCAAUAUGGAGAUGGGAAAUCACAAACUUCCGAAGUUAGUACAUUUUCACAAGAUGAUAUGUGCAGUAAUGUGCUACCUAGUCCUGCCAAAGAUUUCGGUUGGCAUGACCCCGGUUACAUUCAUUCAGCCGUGAUGACGGGACUGCAGUCUUCUACCUCUUAUUCUUACAAAUACGGAAGUGAUUCAGCUGGUUGGAGUGAACAAGUUCAGUUCAGGACACCCCCGGCAGGAGGAUCAAAUGAACUCAAAUUUCUUGCAUUUGGGGAUAUGGGAAAAGCCCCUCUGGAUGAUUCAGUCGAGCACUACAUUCAGCCAGGAUCAGUCUCGGUGGCAAAGGCAGUGUUGGAUGAUGUAGACUCAGGCAAUGUGGAUGCCAUCUUCCAUAUCGGAGACAUAAGCUAUGCCACAGGCUUCUUAGUGGAGUGGGAUUUCUUCCUCCACCUCAUCAGCCCUUUUGCCUCCCGAGUUUCCUACAUGACUGCAAUUGGGAACCACGAAAGAGAUUAUGGGAGCUCAGGAUCAGUGUACUUGACUCCGGACUCAGGUGGGGAAUGUGGCAUUGCUUAUGAGACAUACUUCCCUAUGCCAACCCCAGCGAAGGACAAGCCAUGGUAUUCCAUAGAACAAGCCAGUGUUCAUUUCACUGUGAUUUCAACCGAACACGACUGGUCUGAAAAUUCAGAGCAGUAUCAAUGGAUGAAAGGGGACAUGGCUUCAGUCGACCGAUCUAAAACUCCUUGGUUAGUUUUCAUGGGGCACAGGCCGAUGUACACUUCUGAUUCCGGAGGAGGUGCUGACCAAAGCUUUCUUGAAGCUGUAGAGCCGUUGCUAUUGGACAACAAGGUUGAUCUAGUUCUGUUUGGCCAUGUUCAUAACUAUGAAAGAACAUGCUCGGUUUACCAAAAUCAGUGUAAAGCCAUGCCAAAGAAAGAUCAAAGCGGGAUUGAUACUUAUGAUCACAGAAAUUAUAGCGCACCUGUGCAAGUGGUUAUUGGUAUGGCCGGGUUCAGUCUGGAUGACUUCUUAGAUGAGCCAAGUGACUGGAGUUUGAUAAGGAUUUCCAAAUUCGGCUAUUUCAGAGGUCAUGCAACUCCAGAAGAGUUACAACUAGAGUAUGUGAAUGCCAACACGAGGAAGGUCGAAGACAUCUUCCGCAUCACCCGAUAACCCGACUUUUCAAGUGAGCAGGAAGGCACUGCAGGCGAGUACAGGCGGCCAUCGCUACAUAGACGUACACUUCUACAUUGUACUUUACACAGACAAAACAUACAGAUAACUUGUGCCUGUACACAAGUAAUAAAUCUUGAUUGUCCCGUGACCUAAUCGACUGCUCUUGAUCUGUCAUGAGGGAAUACAAAUUCAUGAUUUCAGUACUCAUGCGAGCAACCUAACAAGAUGUGUCUGAUGGAGAAGUGAUCUCUCCUUCCGAGCGAGAAACUCUUAAUAGUUAUUAUAAUCUUUCAAAAAAUUGUUAAAUAUUUAUGCAAAUAUAAGUGAUUUAAACUGACGAAUUUUCAAAAUUUUUCGUCAUGAAUAUAAUGCAAUGUAAUAAAAUUCAUAAACAGCUUAGUAAUCUUAAAUUUUCUUUUGAAUUGUUUAAGUCACUAUCACUUAAGAGUAAUGACAGUCGACCAACCUUGGUCAUGAAUAUGAUCAGCAAAGCAUAAUUUUCUAAAUUACAGAUGCAGGUGUUUUUAUGUUUGUUCCCAUUAUUUUACUUUGCCUGUGAAAAUGUACGUGCGCGUACAUGAACCUUCUUAGUUCUCUCAAUGGUUCUGAAAAUUAUAUCCAACACCCUUUGUUAUGCCCCGAAUAUGUGCUAGACAGUGCGAUCGGACCAAACUAUUUUCUUGAGUCACCGGUGAAAUCAGGCAUGUAAGCAACAAGCAACUUUUAUUCCCAGAAAAUGAUGAUAAAUAAAGUCUUAGUUGAUCUUCCUACAAUUCUUCUUGAUUUCACCAUUUGAUUCGGUGAGGGGCUUGAUGUCGCCCAUCUUGAUCAUGGCCCCGGCGAAGUUGGAGCUGAAGGUGCUCGGGCUGCUGGCAUAAAUCCUCACGAGCGAGUCGGUGGAACCGCCAUUGAAGAGCUGCUGGUCGGAGUGAAGCAAGCCUUGUUCUGGAGGAGGUUCUUGUAGUAAUUGUUGUCGAACAUGGUGCGAGACUGCAAGUCGAGAGGCGCCACAUUGUUGUCCCCUGAGCCAGCUAUGCUCGGGCAGUUGUUCUGCCUUGUCUGGGCGAAGGAAGGGUCCAGGUUAGUCUCAUUGUAGAUCCUGGUUCUGAAGUUCGUGCACAUUGCUUGUCCUAUCGUAUGUGAACCUGUUUUUACGGAUUUGGUGAUUUAGUAUCUUUUUUUCUCCAGGUACAAUCAAAGUAAAGAAAAUGUUUUUUUAUGAGUGUACAUACCUGAUAAAG